AUGUCUGGAGCUGGUACAAAGGUCAAAGAUCCACACUCAAUCAUCAAAGAGGGUGCCGGAGCAAUAGCAUCAGAUUCUCUUGCAGCCGAAUCUACAAGAGCUGGCGGAGGCUUCGCUGGAAAUCGCGACGGCGAACCAUUAGGCGUUGCAGGCGCAAACUCCACAUUUGCAAAUACCAAUACAUCUGGAGCUACUCGUCUAGAUCCUGCUUCCGAUGCUGAAGCACGAAUGGCGACUGAAGAUUGGGCGGAAGAGAAGAAACUUGGAGCUACUGGUUCAUACCAGAAAGAUGCCGGUAACCCCAAUGUAAAGAAUAGCACAAGUAAUGCGGGGGUCGCACCGAGUUAUGUCUCCAAUCAAUACCAGUCUGGCGGCAACCCGAAAGGAAAGAAUUUGACGGAAGGGGGAUUUGAGAGUAAUGAUGCAAAGAAUGCCAGUUUUACUUCAGAAAUUGGAUCAAAGAAUGAUCCGAGUCGACUUGCUGAGCAGAAGAUGCAGAGAGAGAAUGCUCAAUCAGCGAAUGAUGCAGGCUUCCCCAGGGAUAACAACGCAACGGGUGGAACUCCAUAUGAUGUUUUAGGUGGUGAUACCGCAGCUUGA